AUGAGGAAGUUUUUAGUGAGAGUAAAUCAGCCUUCUGAUCCACCUGAAACCAAAGAGCGAAGAGAAUCAAAUGCAGCAUCUGAUUCAAUUACUAGUGCAAUUUCGAAAAGGCUAGAAAACAAUCAAGCAAGCGACUAUGAUGGAAAACAAAAACCUAGCGAUUCUUUGGACAAAGAAAAUGAUUUUGAAUCCUCGCAAGAAAAUGUUUCUUCUCAAGAAAAUCAAGCAUUGCCUAAGCCUAAAGUAAUUGAAAAUUGGAGAAAAACGUACACAUGGAUAACAAUAAAUGCAUCAAAUAAAGUCGUCUGCUCAAUUUGCAUGGAAGCUGUAACUAACAAGUUAUUGAUUUUAGACAAUAAAAAUAUUAGGAUUUCAAAAAUGGCAUUCGUAGAAGAAGGUUAUGGCUGUUGGAAAAAUGCUGUAUCAAGAUUUAAAAAUCACGAAAAAAGUGAAUUACACCUUCAUUCUAUCGAAGUGACACUUGCUAAGAAUAAUAAGCGCAGUAUAAUAGAUCAUUUGAGCUUGGCAAAAAAAAAAGAAAUGAUAGAAUCUCGUACAGCUCUAACGAAAAUUUUCACCACUGUUCUAGUAUUAGCAAAACAAGGUCUUGCUCUAAGAGGACACGAUGAGGAUCGAUCAAAUUUACUACAAUUUUUGCAUUUGAGAGCCGAAGAUGUGCCUGAAUUGAAAUCUUGGUUACAACGUACUGGGCAUAAGUGGGUCCAUCAUUCUAUAAUAGAUGAGAUAAUUGUUCUCUAUUCAGAAAAUCUAUUAAAUAUAAUAGUGAAUGAAAUAAAAUGCAAUAAAUACUACUCCAUCAUGAUCGAUGAAACAUCCGACGUUUCAAGACUCGGACAAGUUUCAAUUUGUCUUAGAACAGUUUCCCACAACUUUGUGGUAAAAGAACAUUUCAUGGAAUUUUGCAAUACAGGAAACACAAAAUCCGAAACGCUUCUAAAGAUUGUGACCGAAUAUCUUGCUAAAAUAACGUUAAGCAUAAAUGAUCUACGAGGUCAGUGCUAUGAUGGAGCGAGCAACGUAUCUGGAAAAAUUACCGGUCUUCAAACUAGAAUUCGUGAACUCGAACCCCGUGCACUAUUUGUACAUUGCUCAGCUCACUCAUUAAAUUUAGUUGUUCAAGACGCACUCGAAGACAUCCAGUUCGUAAGAAACUUCAUUGGCAUGAUUAAAGAAAUCAUCAAUUGUAUACGUGAUUCUCCAAAACGUCUGCAUGAUUACAAAAUCUUGCAAGAAUCGCAAUCUCAACUCUCUGUCCAACAAGGUAAUUAUUUAUUUUCUGAUACUCUAUGGGUGAUGCGAAUCAAGUCACUAAAAACGAUACAUACUGUUGAAAAUUAUAAAGCUGCCAUUGAGUUUUUCAACAACCUGAGUACAGAUCGUAAUUCCGAUCCUAGUAAUUCAUCAAAGGCAAAAGUUCAGAUCGUAACGGAAAAUAUCAAGGAAAUGAGAAACUCGAAAUUUGAUUCAAUUUGGAAGACAUGCACAAAAGAUGCUCAGACUUUAAAUUUGGAUGAACCCACUAUACCUCGAACUAGAAAAAUUUCUAAGCGACUAGACAGUAACCAAGCCAGUGUUCAUUUAUUUGAAACUCCAGAGCAGUACUAUCGAAAACAAUUCUAUGAAAUUGUUGAUAAAACCUUAAUGGCAUUAUCUGAGAGGAUCAUCGUGCUCAAAUGA